UAGCUGCCGCGCGUUGGGCCUCCGGGUUUGGAAUAGCUGCUGCAGUCAUAAAUAGACAUCCUUCGCGCUGCUGAUCCGUGACAAUUUCAACUCAGCAAGUCGCGCAAACUAAAAAAAGGUGACGACUAAUUGUAACAUAAUGGAAUACAAGCACACCUUGAACCCGACCACCGCGACCGAAUCCCAAGAGCACUAUCACCAGCAGCAGCAGUAUCCCGAGCUUUGUCAGUGCAGUCAGUGUCAGUGCCAGAGGAUGAUGCAAGCUUAGCAACAUCCCGCCGUCCGUAGUGGAACACGAGCGCGCUUGAGCGAGUGAAAGGAAACAGGAGGAAGAGACAUAACGCGAGAGAGAGAGAAAGGAGAGACGAGGCCAAGCUUCGCAGUGCAGGAAAACCGGAGAUCUUCUACGCGAGAUAUAAAAGACUAUGAUCGUUGCGAGGUGCUGAGCGCCCAUCACCCAACCCGGAAUACUACGCUUAUGAAGAAUUCAUCACAAAUUUGUGGAACAAUGCUUCGCCCUACCGCAUCUAGGUCGGUCCACAUGGGCCUUAUAAUGGUGCUGCUGCUUGGAAUCCUGGUUCCGGUGGUUCCCAUGUGGUCAGCUUGUCCCCCACCAUGUCAAUGCGACGACGACACACUGGAGGUUGUGUGUGGCGAAGGACUCCUGGACGUGCUGCCGAUUGUGCUUAAUCCAUCGCUAAAGCGGCUCACCAUCAGGAACAAUAAAAUCAGGGGACUUGAUUCGUCGAUCCAGUUCUAUACGGAGCUGAGAUUUUUGGAUUUGAGCUACAAUCAUGUGUUCAACAUGCCACCGAAAACGUUUAUGUAUCAGAGAAGGCUAUCGGAGCUGCACCUGAAUCACAACAAGGUUGGAUCGAUUUCGAACAAGACGCUCACGGGCUUGGACUCGUUGACGAUUCUGAAUUUGAGGGGGAAUUUUCUGGAUGAGUUAACGGAGGGAAUAUUCGUGGACUUGAAGAAGUUGGAGGAGCUGAACUUGGGUCAGAAUCGAAUAGGGAAGAUUGACCCGAAGGCUUUCGACGGGUUGGUGAACCUGAAGGUCCUGUAUCUGGACGAUAAUACGCUGAGUGCGGUGCCGUCGCCGGCGUUUGGACCGCUUGUGGCUCUGGCGGAGCUGUACUUGGGGAUUAAUUCUUUUUCUACGAUUGCUAAGGAUGCAUUUGUGCAGCUGGAUAAGUUGAGUAGAUUGGAUUUGAGGGGAGCUGCACUAGUGAAUGUUACCCGAGAGACAUUCAGUGGAUUGGAUGCUCUGAGAGUGUUGGAUCUUUCGGACAAUCGUCUUAAUCGAAUUCCAACCACGGAGAUGGCCGAUUUGAUGCGGUUAGAAGAGUUGUCAUUGGGACAGAACGAUUUCGAUAGUAUUCCGAUGGGAGCUUUUGCUGGGUUGGCAAACUUGAGAAAGAUUGACAUAUCAGGGUCUUUGAAACUGAGCAGAAUCGAGACGGGAGCGUUUUCGGCUAAUGCCAACCUGGAAGAAAUCGUGAUAGCAUCGAAUAAGGCUCUGACAGAGAUUCAGGAGGGAGCGUUGAGUGGGUUGCCACAUCUGAAGAGACUGAUGCUGAAAGACAACGCAUUGACGACGCUAUCGGAUGGUUUGUUCACGUGGAAUGAAUUGAUCGAUUUGGACCUGUCAGAGAAUCCAAUUGCUUGUGACUGCAGAAUUUUGUGGUUGCGGAACGUGUUGGUGAAUAAGAGCAACAGUAGCCAGAAUCAGAACCCUGUGGUUUGCGCUUCACCGGAUAGACUGAGAGAGCAAACUUUGCAAGCAUUAUCGCCUGAAUUGCUCGGCUGUUCACAUACAGACCCCCAACAACAAGCGAUUAUUUGUGCUAUACUGGUUGCAGCUGCUGCAUUCAUUACAACAUUGGCACUGGUAAUCUACAAAUGUCGAAGACGAAUUCGAGAGGCGGUGAAAGGCAGAUGGGGAAACAGUGCCAUCGGUCGAAAGGAGCGUGAAUACCAGAAGACCUUCUCCGAGGAGGACUACAUGGGUAGAUUGCCGAAUCCGUGCACGAUGGGAGGGGUGCAUACAACAACGUUGAACAACUAUCAAAUCAACAACCACCACUCGCAUGGAAUCCGGCACAUACCGGUAACGGAACUAUAGCUAGAGGCUCCCCCUCCACCGCCUC